AUGCUGGGACUGAGUGUACUGAGCCUGCGGGCGAUUCGUGCGCGGGCCGUUCGGCGAGGCAGUCCUGGUGGUGGAGGGUACGGUCCGGCUGCUGCUGGAGCUACUAGUCUAGGAGGUGCUGCUGGUGCUGGAGGUGUUGGAGGUACUACUGGAGGUACUAGAGGUACUGCUGGUGCUAGAGGUGCUGCUGGUGCUGGGGGUUCUGGAGCUGCUGCUGGUGCUGGAGGUGCUGGAGGUGCUGGAGGUGCUGACCCUGGAGGUGCUGGUGCUGGAGGUAAUGGAGGUGCUGGAGCUACUGGUCCCGGAGGUGCUCGUACUGGAGGUGCUGGAGCUGCCGGAGCAGGUGGUGCUGCUGGUGCUGGAGGUGCUGGAGGUGCUACUAGAGCUGCUGGCACGGGAGGUACUGGAGGUACUACUGGUGCUGGAGGCGCUGGAGCUGGAGCUGGAGGCACUGGAGGUGCUGGAGGUACUACUGGUUCUCGAGGUGCUGGCGCUGUCGGAGCUCGUGGUGCUGGAGGUGCUGGUGCUACUUGUGCUGGAGGUGUUCUGGGGACACUGGAGGAGCUGCUCGUGCUGGAGGUACGGGAGCUACUGGUGCUCUUUGCCACCUUCUCAGUCUUCCGCCAGGUGCUACUGGCUUCCCUGUGGCAGUCCCUGACUGAGCGUCGAGAGCCUGAGACUCGUGCUUCCACCCCUGAGCGUCGAGAGCCUGAGUCUAGCUUUGACCUUGAGCCUGAGCCUAGAGCUGCUGUCCGUGCUCGUGUUCGUCGUCCGCGUGCUCUGGCUGUCCCCGGCACUCACGAUAUGACACUCCGUCCUUCCUCUGUUCCUCAGCGUGUUGUACUACCGUUACCUCCUGCGUCCUCUCUGCCUGACAUUGCUGACCCUCCGUCUGACCUUGCUCGUGCGUCCAGUCUGACUGUUACUCGCCUUCUUGCUACGGUUGUGACGGACCCUACGUUCUCAUCUCCUGCUGCGUCUGCCCUAGUAGCUGAGCUCGUUGACUUUGCUGAUGUGUACCUCCUCGACUACCUUGCGAGUCUUGUCUCUGACCCUGUCCCUGCCUGUCCUCCGUCCGUCGGGGGUGAGACUGCUCUUGGCUGUACUGCCCUUGGCUGUGACGUUCUUGAGGACAGACAGGAGGAGCUGGAGUGCCUUGCUGCCGCUUCACCCCAUCACGCGACCAUGCUGCUUGCCCCUGAGGGAGACCCGGAUGCACUUGACAUCCCCACCCCGCGCUCCUACAGGGAGGCGAUUUCGGGUGAGUACUCCUCUCAGUGGCAGACAGCCAUGGACGCAGAGAUGGCUUCCUGGAAGUCCACAGGCACCUACGUCGACGAGGUUCCCCCACCUGGGGCGAACAUCGUCAGUGGCAUGUGGAUUUUCAGGGUGAAGCGGCCGCCGGGUUCUCCGCCUGCCUUCAAGGCACGUUACGUUGCUCGAGGCUUCAGUCAGCGCGAGGGGGUCGACUUCUUUCAGACCUUCUCCCCCACCCCGAAGAUGACCACUCUUUGGGUGUUGCUACACGUUGCUGCUCAGCGUGACUACGAGCUGCACUCCCUCGACUUCUCGACAUCUUUCUUGCAGGGUAGCCUUCACGAGGCCAUCUGGUUGCGCCGUCCACAAUGCUUCACUGGGUCGUUUCUUGAGGGUACCCAGUGGAGCCUACGGCGACCAGUGUACGGCCUGCGUCAGGCGCCCCGUGAGUGGCACGACACACUGAGGACGACACUUGCGGCUCUUGGGUUUGCUCCUUCGACCGCUGACCCGUCGCUGUUUCUCCGCACCGACACUACUCUGCCGCCGUUCUACAUCCUCGUGUACGUCGACGACUUGGUUUUUGCUACUGCUGACACUGAGGCACUGGCCCUAGUGAAGGCGGAGCUGCAUGAGAGACACACCUGCACUGACCUGGGUGAGCUGCAGAGCUAUCUUGGCUUGCAGAUCACCCGGGACAGACCACGGUGCACCAUCACCCUCACUCAGUCACACAUGGUGCACCAGCACAUCGGGCAUGGGGCUCGUGCUUGGAGGACGGGGUUCGGUGGUCCUCACAGGACACUCUGA